UUUUUAAGAAUUCAGAAAACUCGACUCGUGUGUCGCACGCACAAUUUGCAAAACAGUAAAAUCUACGAGUUCAGUGCAGCUGUAGUGCACGUGUGCCUGUGUGUUUGUGUUCAAGUGUGAGUGAGUGAGGACUGUGCAGAUCUGAAACGUUGGUUCUCGCGGAGAGGAGGCGGAGAAAGAGUAAGAGCACAACAAAAUACAACAAGUGCAAACAACGCGCGGACAUCUUCUGACACGAAACAACAAGAACAACAACAACAACGGGUACCGUUGGCGGUAGAGUGUUAGAGUUAGAGUGUGGGGGAUUCCGGCGGCGGCGACGACGUGGGAACAGGGGCAGCAGGCACGUUAUUGUUGCUAGAACAUUGAUAGCGAAAUGAUUAAUGAAUAAAGCGCGGCACACAGCCCAACGGCAUAUCGAGUAUGACGGAGGAAAUAACCAACAAUUGGAGCUAUUACCUGUAUAUAUCGCUGACACUGGUCCCAGUCUAUUUGGCCUUUCGGCUCAUCAAGACCCUCGGCUGGCAGCUCUUUGUCAACAACUGAGCAAACACAGGACAGAGC